AUGAUGGAACCACAUAUAACAGCCACUCAUGAGGGCAUUUUGGACGUUGCAAAGAAGACAACAUUGCAUGGAACAAAGUUCAAGUCCAACUACGUUCGUCUGGUACCAGGCGGCUUGUAUAUAUACCUGACGGACCAGGACGACACAUUCAAAUGCAUCGAGAUUGAGUUUGCCAUGUUGGAUGCCAGUCCCCAGAACAACACAAGACCCUACACAUUCUCCGUGAGGAACAGCUCAAACAAGGUCACCUUCUUCUCUACAAACACUCAACAAGAGUUUGACAAGUGGAUUGAAAUGAUAAAGAGUUGCUCUGGAAAGAAGAACGCAGGUAUACCAUUGGUACAGCAUGAUGCAUCGGUAAAGAGAGAGGGAAGAACAGACGUGCUGUUCAGAGCCAAGAAGAACAUCUCGGGAAAGAUUGUUAGCUCGGGCGUCGGCAAGAGCGGCAUCAAGAAGAUGAUUCCUGAGGAGGGCCGCGAGCUCAUCUCAGCCAUUCGCAAGAUCAUCAAGCGUGUCUCCAGCGAGGAGAAGGCCAACGAGAUCGAGAAGAACAUCAUCAAGAUCCUCGUCAAGGUGUUCUUCCAGAUCGACAACAAGGCCGUGCAGAUGCAGGAUUUGGCCAAGGUGGACCGCGCGCUGCGUGACGCCUUUGACAACCUGGACCGCGCAUUCCGCUUCUACGGUGUGCGCAAGUCUGCCGACCUCGUGCCCCUGUUCACCAAGGUGUCCACAUCGUUCAAGAUCGCCGAGACAGAGUCGGUGGCGCUGUUCUCGCCCUACCUGCGUCCACACAACCUACAAAAGAUGCGCACGACCUUCACCUUCUUGGGCUCGGUCGAGUUCUUCUCCAAGGUCUGGGACGACAGUGAGAUCGAGGAUGAACUGUUCCUCCUUGUCAGUGCACUAAACAAGUACACUCAGAUUGAGAUCAUUCAA